GCUUCAACAGCAUGAGUCUAAGUUGAUACAGAAUUUGUUUAAGUUGAUUGGAAUAAAAAAUUGGAGACAACACGUAUGAUGAAGUUCCAAUAUAUCCGGAUAUUCUAGUGUUAGCUUGUAUUCUAGAUGAUCACGGCAUAAUCAAUGGAUUUUUGCGAUACGCACGAUCAUUCUCACAUUGUGACAGUAGAGUCUCGUUCAGAGGAAUUGUUUCUCCGUGAUCAGUGCCAACGUUUAUUCAAGACAGGAGCUUCGAGGUCUAAUUGGUUUUGGGUUGGGGCAACAGACGUCGCAAUUGAAGGAAUAUUGGCCUGGUACACAAAUCAUAAACCAAUCACUGAUGGAUACACCAACUGGUAUCCAGGGCAACCAACUAAUGCAAAUAAUCAAGAUUGUGCCGUUCUUUGGGGAAAAUCUGGUUAUACCUGGCACGAUCACCAUUGUGAACUGAAAUCACAUGUUAUGUGUGAGAAAAAGCAACACAACCACGGCUAAAGAGCAAAAAAGAUUCUGGUUGAUGAUAUACACGAA